AUGGGUAAGCUCUAUACAAUCGGGUUGGCAACCUUUGCCGCAACUGGCAGUUUUCUAUUCGGUUAUGAUUCAGCAGGUGUUAUGACCGAUGUGAUCGCAUCUCCCAACUUCCUCAACUACUUCAACACCGACCAAACAUCAUCCAUUAUUGGGGCAAUCAAUAGUACUUUCUCCGGAGGAGCUGCCAUUGGCGCUCUCACAGCCGGUCUGACUAUCGACCGGUUCGGACGGAGAAGGACAAUCCAAUUUGGUGCACUGCUGGCCACUAUUGGUGCUAUUUUACAGUGUGCUGCACAGAACUUGGCCAUGAUUCUGGUGGGACGCAUCGUCGCCGGUUGGGCAGUCGGUGUCCUCAGUAUGUCUGUUCCGAUCUACCAGGCUGAGUGUGCUCAUCCAAAAACUCGUGGAUUGAUUGUCGGCCUUGCCCAGCAGAUGAUCGGGGUUGGUUUCAUCGUCAGCACAUGGAUCGGGUAUGGGUCACUUCAUGCUCCCGACGAUAACACUGUACAAUGGCGAUUCCCACUUGCCUUUCAAGGUCUCCCAGCGUUCAUGUUAUGUAUCGGAAUGUUCUGGCUUCCAGAAUCGCCUCGUCAUCUUAUUGAGAAAGAUCAAGAUGAUGAAGCAUUGCGCAUCCUGAAGCGUCUACACUAUGAUGGCACCAACGAAGAAUGGAUCCAAACUGAAUUUACUGAGAUCAGAGCCACCAUCAACGCAGAGCGUGCCAUAACGGAACCUGGAUGGUUGAUUAUGUUCAAAGUGCCUCAGUGGCGCACUCGUUUAUUGCAAGGAACCUUGGUUCAGGUGUUUACCCAAAUGACUGGUAUCAACGUCAUCAACUACUACCAAAAUAUCAUGUACAAAGCACUCGGCAUUACCGGUAGCAAAGCUACACUCGUUUCCGGGAUCUACAAUGUUGUUGGACCACUGGCAAAUCUCGUUUUCAUUACCUUCUUCCUAGAUCGUGUUGGACGUCGCCGGCCCCUCCUAUUCGGCGCCGUGGGAAUCACGAUCGCGCUUAUCUGUGAAGGAGCCUUAAACUCUCAGAAUCUAGACGGAUCUAAACAUGGAUACAGCAUCGGUGGAGUCUUUUUCCUCUUCUGCGUAACCGUGCUCUUCUCCAUGUCCUUUGGUUCGAUCAGCUGGGUGUAUAUGUCCGAGGUCAUGCCAAUGCAAAUCCGUGGCAAGGGUGUUGCUUUUGCUACCGGCGUUGGCAACUGGACCAUCAGUACACUGUGGAGUCAGGUUUCACCCAUUGCGCUAGGAAAGAUUGGCUGGAAGUUUUAUUUUAUCUUUGCUGCUUGGAAUGUGUGUGUUACGAUUCCCACAAUCUACUUCUGGUUCAAGGAGACCAAGCAAAAGUCACUCGAGGAGAUUGAUCUUCUCUUUGGUGGAAGAGCGUUGGGUGCCCUGGAUAAUGAGAUUAGCCCCAAGGCUCUGGAAAUGGAGACGUCUGGAACUGCCCGACAGGUUGAGGAUGUCACUGUCUGACUGUAACCGUGUACUUCUAACAAAGGUCCGGAUGAUUAGAACCCCGAUUCUUCUCUCCCAGUGAAUAUUCAAAUAAUCUUAGCGGUUGCUUGAUCUAUUCCCGUAGUAUGAUCAACCGAUAAAUACAU